CUUUAAGAUUGAAAAUUAUAAAAUUUUAAUUGACUAUUACUACAGUUGUUUUUUAGAUAAAAAUAAUUAUUACUAAAGCCAUUUAAUAGAAUGCGAAAAAUGAAAGAGAUAAUGCUAUUACUCUUUUUAAGGCUUUAUUUAAGGAAUUUCAAGGGAUAUACGGAACUUACAGAGGCAAUGCCGCUCUCAGACAUAGAUCAAAAUGCAGUUAAUUUUGUCCCAAAUUUUGACAAAUCACAAAAAGAGCCAUCUCUACUCCUUGCUAGAAUCUUGAAUCUGCUCCUGAAUGGUGCGCCUGGAAUUGCGGUGUGCAUGGCCUCAAAUACCCCUCCACACAAUCUUGGAGAGCUUGUUGAUGCAAUGUCUUCCUAUAUUCAUAACCCAGAAGUAACGAACUGCCAUGGCAAACUGGAUAAAGUUUAUGGUGUUUUAAACUGGACUGAUUCCUCAGAUUGUGCAGACAUAGAAAUUUCUAGUUAUCAGGUUAAUUUUGUCCCAAAUUUUGACAAAUCACAAAAAGAGCCAUCUCUACUCCCUGCUAGAAUCUUGAAUCUGCUCCUGAAUGGUGCGCCUGGAAUUGCGGUGUGCAUGGCCUCAAAUACCCCUCCACACAAUCUUGGAGAGCUUGUUGAUGCAAUGUCUUCCUAUAUUCAUAACCCAGAAGUAACGGUUAAUUUUGUCCCAAAUUUUUACAAAUCACAAAAAGAGCCAUCUCUACUCCCUGCUAGAAUCUUGAAUCUGCUCCUGAAUGGUGCGCCUGGAAUUGCGGUGUGCAUGGCCUCAAAUACCCCUCCACACAAUCUUGGAGAGCUUGUUGAUGCAAUGUCUUCCUAUAUUCAUAACCCAAAACUAACGAACUGCCAUGGCAAACUGGAUAAAGUUUAUGGUGUUUUAAACUGGACUGAUUCCUCAGAUUGUGCAGACCUAGAAAUACCUAGUUAUCAGGUCUGCUGAGCCCUUAAAACAGGUGGAAUGGGGAGGUGGUUUUGAACCGAUUGAACUGGUUGAAAAUUGGGUUAAACCGGGUGACUUUUAGUUUGGAUGGUUGGAUCGGUUUGGUUUUUCAAUGCUUAGACGUAAACAACAAUAUCAUCUAAUUUUAUGAUGUUAUUGGCCUUAUUGCUAAAUCUGGUUUUCCAUCUCACCAAGGAAUUGAAUCCAAUGUUUACUUAAUUAAAUUUUUUUGUUCUCAUUUCAAAUUAUAAUCAUGUAUACAUUUUUUCCCUUAAAACUCGAGUGUCAUGUGUCUGUUUAUGAAUUAAAAUACUACCAUUAGA